CUGCUGGAGGGAGACACGUUUUCCCCCCGACAUGGGUCUUCCUCUCCCUCUUCCUCUUCCGCUCUGAUCACACUUCGCGCCAAGGAGGAUUUUUUUUUUAUUUUUUAAAGGAGCUGCUGGUCUAAACUAGUCUCAUCACGAUCAAUAAGAAAAACUCAUUUAUUUUUGCUGUGGAUUAUGGACAUCAGGCGGUUCUUUGUAUCAAGCAAACCCGCAGCACAGAAACCAUCUCGGGAUGGAACCCUCAACACAGAGAAGGAACCCACGAAGAAGAAGAAACCUACCACCAAGAUCACCAGCCCCAAGGUGGAGAAGAAGAAGAAGAAGGACAAUGAUAAAAAGAGAAAGAGGCGUGCUGUCAUUGAGUCAGACUCUGAGGAGGAGGUAGUGGAGCAGAAGCAGAAGGCCCAGAAACCAAACCCUCCUCUUCCUCCGGCUCCUCUUCCUCCUGCCAAGAAAGACCCGGUGCAGUACGUCUCUGAGACAGAUUCAGACAGCGAUAACUUCCUGUCUCUGAAGAAGUCCCAGGCUAAGCCCCAGGGUAAUGGAGUGACCAAACCAGGGAAGGCCCGCACCGGGACCAAAGAGAGCCACGGGUCCCCCCCGAAACCCACCCUUGCUCCCGCCACAGGGAAAGGAGGGAUGAAGAAGUCUCCUCCAGCCCCCGUCACCCCUAAAUCAGCGCCCCCGCAGACCAAACGCACCCCCACCUCUGUCCUGGACUACUUUGGCAGUGGGAGUGUCCAGCGCUCGGACAGGAAACUGGUGGCCAGUACCAAGAGGAAAACUCUCUCUCAGGACCCUGAUGAGUCGCUGACUGAUGAGGUCAUCGCCCAGCAGCUGCAGAUGGACGAGGACAUGGAGUUGGAGAGGCAGGUCCACGAGGACGAGGAGUUUGCCAAGACGCUGGCCAUGUUAGAUCAACAACCACACGCCAAAAAGGCUCGUAAAUACUCUGGUGAGGAUCAGGGGUCAGCCAACAAAAGCAGCGCUAACUCCUCCCACAGCAGCACUACCAGCCAACCACAGUCCAAUGGGCGGGAUCACAACCAGGACGUGAUCGGUCCGUCCCCUAAAAGUGACUGUGUGACGAGCACCAGUCCAGAGGAAUCAGAGAAGAAGCGUGGCAACUCCUCAGCCUUCCGUAGUUUCCUGAACCGAGACGGACCCAGAGCCCUGGGAUCUAAACCCAUACCCACUGGAGCAGAGAACUGCCUGGAGGGAUGUGUGUUUGUGAUCUCUGGUGUGUUAGAGAGUAUGGAACGUGAGGAUGCGAAGUCCCUGAUAGAGCGCAACGGAGGGAAGGUGACCGGUAACAUCAGUAAGAGGACGACAUACCUGGUGAUGGGCAGAGAUGGAGGAGCCGCCAAGACUGAGAAGGCGGAGGGGUUUGGAACUAAGAUCCUGGAUGAGGAUGGUCUGUUGGAGCUCAUCAGAAGUACACCAGGGAAGAAGUCCAAGUACCUGAUUGCUGCCGAGGCAGAGAACAAGGGAUUUAAGAGCAGAACACCGGACACCAAGACCACCUCCCGCACCCCCAAACAGUCCCCAAAACUCAAUCUGAAGGCUGUGAUUGGUCAGCAGGGAGACCAGAGCCAAGCCAAUAAGUUGCUUCGCUGGCUGAAGAACUGGCACACCCACCAUGCAGUGGGAGGGGCUAAAACAGCAGGGAGAGGGUUUGGUAAGUUCACCAGUACUAAGGAUAAUGGUUCAAGCUUCAAGGCAGCCCUGUUAUCUGGACCUCCUGGCGUGGGCAAGACCACCACAGCUGCCUUGGUCUGUGAGGAGCUGGGCUACAGCUAUGUAGAGAUGAAUGCCAGCUGUACUCGCAGUAAGAACAGUCUGAAACAGGUGAUCGCUGAGUCUCUGAACAACACCAGUAUCAACAACUUCUACACAGGUUCGUCUCAGACAGUCAGUAGUAAACAUGUUCUCAUCAUGGAUGAGAUUGAUGGCAUGGCCGGCAACGAAGACCGCGGAGGAAUACAGGAGAUGAUAGGUCUGAUAAAACAGUCCAGGAUCCCCAUCAUCUGUAUGUGUAAUGACCGUAAUCACCAAAAGAUCCGCUCUCUGGCCAACUACUGCUUUGACCUGCGCUUCCAGAGACCACGACUGGAGCAGAUCAAGGGCGCCAUGAUGUCCAUUGCAUUCAAAGAGGGUCUGAAAGUCCCGCCUCCUGCCCUCAACGAGAUGAUCCUGGCAUCCAAUCAGGACAUCCGACAGGUCCUCCACAACCUGAGCAUGUGGUCGGCUAAGGACAAGGUCAUGACCUACGACCGGGUCAAAGAGGACGCCAACAACGCACGCAAGGACAUGAAGUUGGGUCCGUUCGACGUGUGUCGGAAGGUGUUCUAAGGGGAGGAGUCAGGUCACAUGACGUUGAUUGACAAGUCGGACUUGUUCUUCCACGAUUACUCCCGCCCCCUCUUCGUCCAGGAGAACUACAUACACGUUAAACCAGCUGCUGCUGGUGGUGAUAUGAAGUCCCACCUGGUCCUCCUCAGUAAGACAGCUGAUUCUAUCUGUGAUGGAGACCUGGUGGACAGACAGAUACGUUCCAAACAGGCCUGGUCUCUACUGCCCACACAGGCCAUCUAUUCCAGUGUGUUACCAGGAGAGUUGAUGAGUGGUUAUAUGAACUCCUUCCCCUCGUUUCCCUCCUGGCUGGGAAAGUUCUCCUCUGGCAAUAAACACUCCCGGAUCAUUCAGGAGCUGGCCUCUCACAUGAGCCUCAAGACAUUAAGUAGCAGACAGGCAGUGAGCCUGGACUACCUCCCGUACCUCCGCAUGGCCCUGUUGUGUCCUCUUCAGAGGCAGGGGGCGGAGGGGGCCGGUCAGGCCGUCCAGCUGUUAGACGACUACCACCUGGUCAGAGAGGAUGUGGACAGCCUCAUGGAGAUCAGCCUCUGGGGGGGGCAGCCCGACCCCUACGCUAAACUAGACCCCAAGGUGAAAUCAGCGUUCACGAGGGCCUAUAACCGGGAGACCCACCUGACACCGUACUCACUCCAACCAAUCAAGAAGGGCCGUCGUGGCGGGGGGUUGGAGGCAGAACCGGGAGGAGAGGGGCAAGAGGAACAGCCUGAGGAAGAGGAGGAGGAGGAAGAAGGUGUUGCAGCUGACGCCAUGAUCAAAGUAAGGAGGAAACGCACUUCUCGACCCCCCCCACUUUUCUGAAAUAAUUUACCAUUU